CCACCUCUAAAUCUUUCCUCCAUCCCCUCCUUCCCUGGACCCCAAAGACCUCCUUUCCGUGGGGGGCUUGCCUCUCUCCCCCACUGCUGAUGUCUCUCCCAGGGCGCCUCCAUCUCUGUCUCUCCCAUAGUCCCACUGGGUCCUGCUCACUGUGUCUGCUUCUCUCUGCUUCCUGCCUCAUCUUUAUGUUUCUGGGCCUCUCUUUGCCCCUUGCUCCCUCUGUCUCUUUCUCAACCACUUUCCAAUUUUCCAUCCGCCUGUGUUAUCUCUCCUGUCCCCAGUCUCUCCCCGACCCAUCUCUCUGUUUCUGGGGCUCAGUAAAUACUUCCUGCAUCCAUUGGUAAAUGUCUCCACACCUUCCUCCCUUCCCUGUUGUCCUUACUCCCCCUCUGAGUCUCUCUGUGUCUCCAUCUCUGCCCGGGCAUCUCUCCAUCUCCUGUUCAUGGUGGACACAUUUGACCAACUGGCGAACAAAGGCCCCCUCCCUGCCCCCACUCACCCACUGGCACCCAUAUCUCUCUGGGGACUUUCUCUCCCUCACUUUCCCUGCGGGCCCCCCCAGCCUCUGGUUAUGCAAAUCCCAGGGGAGGGGGGACAUUUGCCUGGCCCCCGCCCCUCACUUCCUGUCCCAAUGGGGGAGUGUGGUGGAGCUGGUCUCACACAUGAACACAUAGCGGACAGGCUGCGGUGGUCACAGCUGCAGCUGCCUCCCUCCCACCGGCCCCCCAACCACUUCAAGACAGGUGGCUGAAGGCACCCCUGACAUGCCCCUGUGUCUCUCCCCCUCCAGGCUCGACGGGCCACACUUCAGCUGUCUGUACCCAGAUGGAAUUUUCUACGACCUGGACAGCUGCAAGCAUCCCAGCUACUCUGACUCAGAGGGGGCUCCUGACUCCCUGUGGGGCUGGAAUGAGGCCCCAGCUGUCCCUACCACUUCCUAUGAAGCCUUCGACCCUGCCGUGGCCACCUUUGGCCAACCCCAGGGUGUCCAGCUCUGUUACGGACCCUCAACCUACAGCCCUGCAGGGAGCCUCGAUCCCACCCCCAGCAUAGAGGCCCCAGGGCCCAGCUUCCCAGCGUACCCCACAGAGGACUUCACCACCCAGACCCUGGGUCCCCCGGCGUUCACCCCAUAUCCCAGUCCCGUGCUGUCGGAAGAGGAGGACCUCCUGCUGGACAGUCCCGCCCUGGAAGUCUCAGACAGCGAGUCAGAUGAGGCCCUUGUAACUGGCCCCGAGGGGAGGGGAUCCGAGGCAGGAGCCCGUAAGAAGCUGCGCCUGUACCAGUUUCUGCUGGGGCUGCUGACGCGCGGCGACAUGCGUGAGUGCGUGUGGUGGGUGGAGCCAGGCGCCGGCGUCUUCCAGUUCUCCUCCAAGCACAAGGAGCUCCUGGCGCGCCGCUGGGGCCAGCAGAAGGGCAACCGCAAGCGCAUGACCUACCAGAAGCUGGCCCGCGCCCUGCGCAACUACGCCAAGACUGGCGAGAUCCGCAAGGUCAAGCGCAAGCUCACCUACCAGUUUGACAGUGCGCUGCUGCCCGCCGUCCGCCGGGCCUGAGCCCAAGGGGGGCGCUCGGGGCUCUCAGGGGCUCCACGCCGGUGUCACGUUGGUGUCCCCACACCCUAGGUCAUAGGACCUGUGGAUCCCCCACACUAGGGGAAGGGGGCUGCCAUAAUCCCUAAGCCCUGCCCAGGGCCCCUCUGGGAAUCCCUUGUUGUGUUCAGGAUCCCUAAGAUCCACUUGACCUGAGUCACAGGACCCAUAGACGACUAUACAGUGUGUCUGUGUGGAGGGGUAGGGCAGUGCUUCCAGAACCCCAAGAGCUUCCGUGGGAUCCCCUUGUGAUGUCUGAGGUCCGUCAACCAGGCCAGGGACCUCUCAGACCUCCUGUGUGACUGGGAUCCCCCAAUCUCAUCUGAG